GAAUUUCUUUUUUCAAGUUUUGAUUACAUGUCUGUACAUCCCCGAAUUGGGCCUUAUAUUACUAUGGCUGGUAAAAUGGUUCUAGCAAUGUCUUAUAUUAUUGCUUUAUUAAUGGUUACUCUAAUGGCUUUUGGUGUAGCCCGCCAGUCAAUAACUUUUCCACAUGAAAAAUGGUCGUGGAUACUUGUUCGAAAUAUUUUUUAUAAACCUUAUUUUAUGCUUUAUGGAGAAGUUUAUGCUGGAGAGAUUGAUACUUGUGGAGAUGAAGGUACAAAUUGUGUUCCUGGUCAUUGGAUUCCUCCCAUUUUAAUGACUGUAUUUCUUCUAAUUGCAAAUAUUUUGCUUAUAAAUAUGCUUAUUGCUAUAUUUAAUAAUAUAUUUAAUGUAACAAAUGCAAUGUCUAGACAAGUUUGGAUGUUUCAGAGAUAUGGACAAGUUUUGGAAUAUAAAUCAACACCAGUUUUACCUCCUCCAUUUACUCCAAUAGCUCAUAUUUUUAUGUUAUUUAGAAGGUUUUGUAAGGUAAUUGAAGAAAAUGUAGUUGGGCCUUAG